ACUUGUCACAUUGCUUGACUUGCUUCUGUGGCUCUGAGUCUGCUGGUCACUGGUCAGUUAAUCAGUGAAGUGAAGGCUCUCAAAACAAGGAAAGACUUUCAUAUUUUUUGUGUGGAAUGACGCGCGCAACUCUCUACGUGUACCUGGUUUUUAAUUGAUUUCUCUACACUAUUCUACUGUGCAAUUGUUGUAAUUACUAGAAGAAACUGAAUAGAUUCGCCAGAUAUGGAGCCAAUGAACCAAAAAAAAGUUAUGCUAAAUAAUGGUCUUGAAAUGCCACUUGUUGGAUUUGGUACUUUUCGAAUACGAUCUGCUGAAGUCAUAAUGAGUGUUGUAGAGAGUGCUCUUGCGGCUGGUUAUCGACUUUUUGACACAGCUGCAGUCUAUGGGAAUGAGAAAUUCCUAGGAGAUGCUCUCCGGUUGCUAUUGCCAAAAUUUGGCUUAACACGCCAAAACAUUUUUAUAACUACCAAGCUAUCUCCAAGAGAUGGUCACUCUAAAGAAAUUAUAAAGGAGGCUUGUCGAAAGUCACUAGCCAGUUUGGGAUUUGAACAGAUUGACUUAUAUUUGAUUCACUUUCCUGGCAUGGCAAAUUUGAGUUCAGCUGAUACACAGAACAUAAAAUUACGCGCUCAAGCAUGGGAAGCUCUGGUGGAAUGCUACAAGGAAGGACUAGUCAGAUCCAUCGGUGUAUCAAAUUACACUGUAAGACAUCUAAUAGAAUUAGAAGUACGCAAUUUUGGAGUGGUUCCUGCAGUGAAUCAGGUUGAGUGUCAUCCAUACUUCCCACAAAAGGAACUACUACAGUAUUGCCAAGGAGCCGGCAUCGCGCUACAAGCUUAUUGCUCGCUUGGAGGCACUUCCUCAGGUACAGCUACACUUCUCCAUGACCCAGUAGUCAUCAAUGCUGCCCAAAAACUUGGCGUCAGUAGCGGGCAACUUUUGUUGGCCUGGGCUACACAGCAAGGAAUAAGCGUCAUUCCAAAAUCAACUCACGCGGAUCGCAUCAAAGAGAAUAUAUCUCUUAAUUUUAAAAUACCGGAUGAAUACAUGAAAGCCCUAGAUAAACUUGGGUCCCAAAACAUAAAAUAUGCUUGGGAUCCGUCAACAGUGGCUUAACAUACCAGCAAGUAUUACGUACGAAACACGUUCGAAAUCAGGGGUUCGAAAUUAUCAAAAUAAUUAUCGUGAUAAUUAUCAGAUACUUAUCAAUGAAUUAUACUUGUUACAUUUUUUCAUAAGAAAAAUAAGUUAUAUUUUUUGGCAUUUAAACCAACUAAGAAUCCUCUAUUUUCUUUGUUAGUAUCAACCGAUAUUCAUCCACCUUUUACUAUCAGUAUUAUCACGAUAAUUACCCUUCCGAACCCUGUUUCAAUAGUUAUAAAAUAUUGCGUCGCGAUUCAAACUUCGUCCUUUUUGGACUAGUAUCGUAAUAUAGGUUAGGUACUAUGGAAACGUUGUGGCUUAUUGCAUAAGUAUUUUUCGUCAAGUACAAAUAGAAUGCAUUUUAUACUGAUAUUAGGUAUCUUCUGAGAAUUAUAACUAGUAGCUUAAGAACGA